GGAGGAGAGGUCUCCACAUCUCGAGACAGUCCGACCGACACACCGGCGGCCCCGGUGGCGCGUACUCGUCUGCUAAAGGCUGAAAGUUACACUGAAGGUCCCACUUUAAUGGCUGGCGCGCUAAAAAAAAAAAACUUUUGGAAAAGGGACACUUACCAUCGUCUUUUAUUCCGGACGCUAUGUGCAUUUUUUCUGUUCCUUAAUGUAUCGAAGGAAUUAAUCGGCUGCUGUCUGCGCUAUUAUAGCUGUUCCGUGCGCUAAUGCAAUUUUGAGAAAUUAAACAAGUGAAGUUAUAUCAGAAUAGACAUGCAGCUGCGAUGCAACCCGGUCGUUUGAGGACAGUCUGACUCGUUUGGAUCAGGCAUCAUGGUCCGAUAAUUGUAAGACAGAGAGAGACAGAAAGUAAGAAAUAAAGAAGUAAAAAGACAUUUGGGACACUUUGUUUGUGGGAACAUCUGCUUCUCACGUCCAGGUGUCCCGCCGAGCGGUGCGGAGUCUCCAGCUCAGGCCGGCAGCGCUGACAUGCUGCCCAAAGUCGAGACUGAAUCCCUGGGACUCUCUCGAUCGUAUGGAGAACAUCGGCGCAUGCCAAGGAAUAUGCAAGCACCCCAGUUAAAAAUGAUGGACUACUCCUAUGACGAAGACUUGGACGAGAUGUGUCCCGUGUGCGGAGACAAGGUUUCAGGCUAUCACUACGGACUACUGACCUGCGAGAGCUGCAAGGGCUUCUUCAAGCGCACCGUCCAGAACAACAAGCGCUACACAUGUAUAGAGAACCAGAGCUGCCAGAUUGACAAGACCCAGAGGAAGCGCUGCCCGUACUGCCGCUUCCAAAAGUGCCUCACCGUCGGCAUGAAGCUAGAAGCUGUGCGGGCAGACCGCAUGCGUGGCGGUCGCAACAAGUUUGGCCCGAUGUACAAACGUGACCGGGCCCUCAAGCAGCAAAAGAAGGCGCUGAUCCGAGCCAACGGCCUGAAGAUUGAGGCCAUGACUCAGGUCAUGCAAGCCGUGCCCACCGACCUCACCAUCUCCUCAGCCAUCCAGAACAUCCACUCGGCCGCAUCCAAGGGCCUUCCACUGAGCCACCACCCUGGACACCACACCGGUCACCACCACCACCACCAUCAUUAUGCCACCGCCCUGCCCCCCACAGACUACGACCGCAGCCCAUUUGUCACUUCGCCAGUCAGCAUGGCAAUGCCACCACACGCCGGAAGUCUGCAGGGCUACCAGGCGGCCUACGGACACUUCCAGGGCACGCGCACCAUCAAGUCAGAGUACCCAGACCCGUACACUAGCUCGCCAGAGUCCAUCAUGGGCUACGCCUACGUCGAUGCCUACCAAACAGGGUCACCGCCUAGCUUCCCUCACUUGAUCGUAGAGCUGCUUAAGUGUGAGCCAGAUGAGCCACAGGUCCAGGCCAAGAUCAUGGCCUACCUGCAGCAGGAGCAGGCCAGCAGAGGCAAACACGAGAAGCUCAACACCUUCGGCCUCAUGUGCAAGAUGGCCGACCAGACACUCUUCUCCAUCGUGGAGUGGGCACGCAGCAGCAUCUUCUUCCGUGAACUCAAGGUGGAUGACCAGAUGAAGCUGCUGCAGAACUGCUGGAGCGAACUCCUCAUCCUCGACCACGUCUUCCGGCAGGUGAUGCAUGCCAAGGAGGGCUCCAUCCUAUUGGUCACUGGCCAGCAUGUGGACUAUGCAGUGAUUGCUUCACAGGCGGGAUCCACCCUCAACAACCUGUUGAGCCACGCCCAAGAGCUGGUGGCCAAGCUACGCUCCCUGCAGCUAGACCAACGGGAGUUUGUCUGCCUCAAGUUCCUGGUCCUAUUCAGCCUUGAUGUAAAGAACCUGGAGAACUUCCACCUGGUAGAAAGCGUCCAGGAGCAGGUCAAUGCAGCGCUGCUGGACUACGUCAUGUGUAACUACCCGCAGCAAACAGACAAGUUUGGCCAGUUGCUCCUCCGGCUGCCAGAGAUCCGAGCCAUCAGCCUACAGGCCGAAGAAUACCUUUACUACAAACACCUGAACGGCGACGUGCCGUGCAACAAUCUGCUCAUUGAAAUGCUUCACGCCAAGAGAGCUUAGGAGGGGACUGCGCUACCCAUAAUGCAGCUGUACAGACAUCCUGAGAGUUUUGCUACAGCCCAAAAACUCCAAAUCUUGACUGAGUGGUGACCUGGAAGAUGGAGGACAGAGAUUUAGCAACUCUUGUUUAUAUUUAGCUCAUUUUGAUCUUCAAGUUACUUGGAUUUGGACAAACACACAUGCACAGAGACAGAAAACAGCAUAUGGAUCCCUUUAUUCUGAAAAAAAAAAAAAUGUCUGAAAGAAGAGCCCCUUCUCCUCAACCACACAGACAAAGAUAAUAUUGAAAGGAGAAAUAAAAACUUGAAACAAACACUGCAUUUGGCACGAGAUGGGGUCUAAUCGCCUGCACGAGCACAGACUAUCAAGACUGGCAGGCUGCAACUUACAGAACUAACAACCCUCGAGUGUUUUAGUGCUAGUGACAUUGUGAGAGGCUUUUAAUGCUGAGAAAGGAAGCUGAUUAACACCGGCCAUCUUUCAGACAGUUUUGUGACAGAGCGGUGGCUUAUUUGGGUGGACGAUCCUCCAGUAUGCUCUCACUGAAACUGGCUUUUAGCUGUCGUUGGUACUGUAAAGACAAACGGGCAAGCAGUCGACCAGGCCAGAGACUCUCACCGUCACAUUUUGUGAACUCACAUAAGACGCCUGCCACAGCAACUUGAUCUGACUGAGAAGGGAAAACUGACAGUUAAAAAAGAAACGUCUAAAAAAAAAAAGGAACAUUCUUUAAUGAACAAAAUGAUAAAUAGGCCAAUAUGAAGAAAAAUAAGAUGUUUUUUUCUCUUGUAAUGAAAGUCAUUUGCUCCUCGUGGUCACCUUGUGGUUCCCCUUUCUUAUUCCACCUCCCCAAAUCAUCUUAAACUAUGUACCUCAGAAAGACCAGUGUUAAAUAAAUUCAAUUAAUAAUGUCAGCUGAAACAAUUGUAUUUAUAGCCCCUUUUUCCUGCAAAAAAAACACCCUCUCUUUUUAUUAUUUCAUUAAAACUGGAACAAAACAAAGUGUGAUUCUGGAGACAGAGAAGGCUCGACCCUGCCUUUUUCCGGAAAAACCAAAGCCUGCUGCAGAACAGAAGAAGGAAAUUACAAAAACCUUAAUAAUCAGUAUUAUAAGAGAAAAAAAAAGAUUUGUGAUGUCACAGUUCUGUGAGUCUUGCCUUAUUUCAUUACCAUGCUAGCUAACCGUGCAGAUGUGAAUGAAAAUAUGUACAAAUAUAUAUAUAGAGUAUUAAUGUUGUAAAAAUUAAAAAAAAAAAAGAAUAAUUCAACAGGUGUUUACAUUCAUGUGGUCAUAUGGGAGAGAACUGUGAUGAAGCAUAAAUUGCAAAGCAAUGAUUUCCUAAAAAAUGAAAUCGACAAAAUGAAAAAAAAAAAAAGAUCCCUCUGGUUUGCGUUCUUCGGUGUUUGUACAGUGUUUUAUUUUUUAUUUGUUUU